CUUUUUUCUCCUGAUCUUCAACCUAACACAGCACCUAGCUAGUACUUGCAUGCACACCAUCUUCUUCUUUACUACACAACUUUGCAGUUUGUACACACUAUAGCUAGUACUAGUACUAGUACUACUUAAACUACAUCAUUGUACUGUUAAUUAAAUCAUCAUGGUCAUUAUCACUUAAGCUCAAAACUUAAUUGCCAACACACAUCAUCAGUAGCUAGCUAGCUACCUUUGUGCUCCACCAUUCUUCAUCCUCAAGCUAGAUACUAGCUAGGUAGCUAGCUAAUUGCCACCAUUGACAAAGAAAAAAAAAGCCAUCUCAAUCAAAGCUCCCAUAUAUAUACACCUCUCUCACUCACUCAAUCACAAUUUCACAAACAGCUAGCUCCAUCAAAUUCAUUUUGAGCAGUGUACCUUCUAAUUAGCAAACGCAUACACUUUUCCCUUUGCAAAUUGCAAAUCUCUCUCUCUUUAAUUAAUUGGCUUGAAAAUUUGUCUCUGGUUUGGUUUGAUUUGUCUCAGUGAUCAUAUCUCUGAAUUAAUCUGUGUCUUAAUGAGCUCGAGUGGUGGUAAGGGAGAAGGAGGAGGAGGGAAGCCGCAGUUGCUGAUGAGCUCGAGGAUCAUGUCGUCGUCGUCGGCGGCGGCGGAUCGCGGCGCCGCGGGCGGGGCGUCGUCGUUCCGGGUGUACUACAGCCUCGGCGCCGCCGGCACCGUGCCGUUCGUCUGGGAGUCCAAGCCCGGCACGCCCAAGAGCACCGUCGUGCCGGCGUCCGCCGCCGACGGCGGCUACGCCAUGCCGCCGAUCUCGCCGCCGCCGUCGUACUCGUACCAGUGGUCGUCGUGCAACUCCGAUCAGCCGCCGCCGCCGUCGAAGGCCAAGAAGUGCAGGAGGAGGCUGUCGACGUCGUCGUCGUCGUGUUCUUGGGCGUCGUCGGGAGGAUGGAUGAGCUGGCUGACGAGCUUCAGGCGGCGACAGCGGUGGCUGCCGCCGUCGCCGGGGAAGACGACGUAUCGCCGGCGCUGGCUCGGGCAGGACGGCGGCGUGGCCGUCGACGACGUCGUCGUCGUCCGGCGAUCGCCGCCGCGGCGCGCCGUGCCGUGCUUCGGAGCGGGCAAAGUUCACUGGUGAUCAAAUUGAAUUGGUACUGUUCAUCAAAUCAAGGUUGUUGAUUAAUUAAUUAAGUGUACUUUUGUAGCUGUCACAAGAGUAUAGUGUGGUGUUUGUGCUGGAAAUUUUUCAUAUUUUCUAGGUUGGAUUAGUCUUUUCCUUCUUCUGAGUUUCUGGUAGAUUUCAUGCAGUGUUUGGUUGUUAAUUUGGGGGAUGAAUAAUUGUUUCUGUAUAAGAGUCGUUUGGACUUUUCGGUCCUAUUUGCUAAAGCUUCGACUCCUA